ACAGCCGACGCCGACGUGGCCUCCGGCGGACGCUCCACGUGUCCCUCGCCGCGCCCCGUCCACCCGCGCCUGCCCUGAGGACCCUAGUCCAACAUGGCGGCGCCCAGCGGAGGGUGGAACGGCGUCGGCGCGAGCUUGUGGGCCGCGCUGCUCCUAGGGGCCGUGGCGCUGAGGCCGGCGGAGGCGGUGUCCGAGCCCACGACGGUGGCGUUUGACGUGCGGCCCGGAGGCGUCGUGCAUUCCUUCUCCCAUAACGUGGGCCCGGGGGACAAAUAUACGUGUAUGUUCACUUACGCCUCUCAAGGAGGGACCAAUGAGCAAUGGCAGAUGAGUCUGGGGACCAGCGAAGACCACCAGCACUUCACCUGCACCAUCUGGAGGCCCCAGGGGAAGUCCUAUCUGUACUUCACACAGUUCAAGGCGGAGGUGCGGGGCGCUGAGAUCGAGUACGCCAUGGCCUACUCUAAAGCCGCAUUUGAAAGAGAAAGUGAUGUCCCUCUGAAAACUGAGGAAUUUGAAGUGACCAAAACAGCAGCACAGGGUUCCAUCGGGACUUCGUGAGAAAAUCAGGAUCCAUGUACGUUCUUGAAGAUCUGUCUCUCGGCCUAAGAUAAGUGGAGAAGGUUGCCUUGGAAGCGUGGGGUAGAGGUAGGAACAGCUGGCUCUCUGGCCAAGGCCUUUGGCUUUUUCGCGGAAGCAAAAACCGAACCACGGGAAGGCUGCUCCGAGUCUGGGGUCAGAAUUUCCUAUCAGUGAGUGCAGCAGGCCAGGGAGAGGCAAAAGGGAGAGGGGUGGCCCCUGCACAGCUUCACCAGGCGUCAGUGCAGGCUCAGACGGCCGGACUGGCGAGUUUUCAAGAGAAACUCCAAAUCCAGACGGGUGUGUGUGAUCUCUUGGUUUUAAAUGCAGACAAAUUCCAAAUGUCUCAAAUACUGAAUGGAGCCAGCUAGACCUACCUUCUCACCAAGUAAGGCCCACAGGCCCCUGCCGCAACCUCUACCCUCCACAGACAAGGUUCUGCAAAACAGUCAUGGGACCUCGUUUCACCUCCCCCACAGGCACCCAAAAUAACCUUCCUGACCUGCAGCAGCAUUUUGCAAUCUUUGAGAACCCCUGCCCCCUGCUGACAAACAAAAAUGGCAAAUAGACUCCCCCACACCACGCCUCCACGCCCUGAGCUGAGAAUCGCCCGCAUCUCGGUGGUGGUACCAGAGCCAAGACGACAGCCAAGCUUUGCUUUCUCAGCUCUGUCUUAUAAAAGCAACAUGGUU